GCGAACUGCGAGGCUAAAGUAUACGUUUCUUUGGGGCCGUGCUAAGCGUUGCGUGAUCGCGUUAAAUAUGUUCAAUCCAUUUAGACUUGGUCUCUGCCUUCUGGUCACGGUUUGUCUGCACGCGCCGAUCGCAACAGGCCAAGAAAAGUUUUCACUCAGUACUCCAGGUCUUUUUAACACUAUCCCAGUUAGUGAAAUUAAAUUGCCAAGCACAUCAACCAAAAAACCAUCAGGAACAAAAGUGCCUGUACAGAAAUUAGUGUGUCCACAUCCGAUUCGCAUUCCGAUCUUCAGCCUUCCUUGCGACACCGAAAGGGAUUGCAGAAUAUUUGGUGGAGGAUUGGCGUGUUGCAAGCAAAGAUGCAUCAAAGGAGUUUUGGUUCCAGUGUCUAGUGUACGUAAAGCAAGAAUUUCCAAUUCCAUUCAAGAUCCUUUGACGAAACCGAAGAAACCUACAACGACUUCGACAACAACGACGACUACAACCACUACAUCUACUACGACUACAACAACAACGCAAAGUUCAAUCAGAAAUGUAACGAAAUCUGCAAAAACCCAGAACCUGGUCUGCCCUUCAAGUGAUGUUCGUCCACCGAUCUUCAGUCUACCUUGCGAUAGCACCGGAGACUGUAAAAUCUUCGGUCCAGGUUUGGUUUGCUGCAGACGAAGAUGCCUUCAAGGCAUCGCGCCACCUAAACCGGAAGUCAAGCACGCUCCCACUUUUUUUGGUUUAGUAGAUAGAAAGUGUCCGGCUCAGCCGCUCACCGAAAUACUGGAGAUCAAAGAGUGCUCCAAUGAUGAUGACUGUAGACCGAGGAUCUGUUGUCCAGAAAAGGGAAGCGUUAAAGCUAAAAGUUAUUGCAGGACACCUGCCCAUACGGUCGACAGAUUACCAGGAGGAAAAAGGAUUGAAGAGCCUUUGAGGAGUUUCGCGAGUUAUUUACAGUGUACACCUCCACCGCCGCUCGAUUUGUUCCCAAGGCCAUGUAAAGCGGCUUUAGAUUGCUUUCCAAAUUUGUGUUGCCAGGAAGGCGCGAAUAGAGUUUGUAGACCACCAAGGAGAUCGUUGAUCUCACUCUUCACAGAUGUAACUACGAGAUUCGGGGCUUCAGAGGCUACAAAGAAAUUUAUUCAGCGUAUCACAAACUAAUGUAAAUUCCAAAAACAUCCUUGUACAUAAGAUUAGAUUGUAAUAAACACCAAUUAAAAAACA